AUGAAAAAUGAUAAAGAGUUCUCUAUAAAGGAAACUGUCAAUAAGAACAUAGAGCGUGUUUAGUUUCCUGCUUUCAAUCAGCAUAGUAGUCUCCUUGGUUGGUGUUCCAUGAACUACCCUCGUGUACUUUAGAAUCCUUAAUUUAUGCCUAAACCAAAACCAAAAGAAUACGAUGACAAUCUUGAUUUUCUCUAUUAGAAACGCAAAAAAGUAUUACUCAAGUUCUAAAAUUAGGAAUAAUAAAAUAAUCAACUAAUAAAACCAUUUACGAAUUAUCAGCUAACAAAGGAAGCUGUAAUUCCUGAAGAUGUCGGUGUCCCACCUCCAGGAUUUAAGAAGACCCUUAAGUAGUUAACAACCGCAAAGCCUGAAUCCAAGGCUCUUAUUUAUAAUUAAACCUAUAAGGACUAUGAUCCUUAUUUGAAUAUUAAACCAAUCAAUAGUCAAUUCAAAUAGGAAUAGAAUGAAAACUUUACUCGAAACAUUCGUCAAGUUGGGGAUGUUGUAUACAAUUAGUCUUAUGAAAAUGAAGACAUCAGACAUUUAAAGAAAUUGCCAAACUCAAUACUUUCUGAGUAGAAUCUAUAAGAAGUAUUAACUCCUAAGUUAAGAUUCUUGAAUUUGCAUAAUCACACAUGGUUGAAGAUGGAACAAAUAAGCAAAAUUGGAUACUUCGCUAUCAAUCUUGAAGAGAUAGUCCUCUCAAAUACAGACUUAGAGGAUGAUAUUUUAAUGGAAUUAGCAAAAUCAUGUAAAAAUUUGAAAUACAUUGAUGUGUCAUCAUGUCAAAAAUUGACAGAAAUUGGAAUCAGAAACUUUUUGGAUUUUACUUCAAAAUAUUUGCAGGGUUUCAAAUGUGCUAGCAAUUUAUAAUCUAUAACUGACUACUCAUUAGAGCCUCUCUAAAAUGCUCCUUUACUCUAAAGAAUUAAUAUUUCAUUUUGUAACAAUCUAACAAGUAACUUUACAAAAUAUCUACUUUAAAGUGGAUGUAGAUUAUAAGAACUUUAAAUAGCAACAGUAGAAAACCUAUAAGCAGAUUUAUUAUCUGAUCUAAUUUCCCGUUCUAAAGUAGAUAUGGAACUAUUAGAUGUGUCUUUCAUUCCUACAAAAGAUAUUAGUGAUUCAGUCAUUUCUGCUACUUCCCUUUGUACAAACAUUCAUACUCUCAUACUUUCUGGAUCAACCAAUAUUAGUGAUUCUUCAGUAGGCAGAUUGAGUUCCUUACACAAACUGAAAUAACUUAAAUUAGGAGGAAUUCAAUAUCUUGCUGACAAUACUCUAGUUUAUAUUGCUUAGUCAUGUAAUAAACUUGAAAUGCUUGAGCUUAAUAAUUGUAGUAAAUUGGGAGAACAAGGAUUGGAAGGAAUACUCAAAGCAUUACCCAAUCUAUAGGUUAUUUCAAUUAAUUUUACUCCUGAAAUAUCGGAUGCCUUCUUGUAAGAAAAAAGAAAUGAGUAUCCAAAAGUCAAUAUUAUUCGAACAAUAAAUAAAAUGACAGAUCCUAAGGAUGAUGGAUUAAGAAUGCCUCUUCCCCUAGAAAGUGUUGUCAUGCAAAGACCAAAAAAGAAAAAGAAGAAGUGA